GGAUCAGACUGUGUUUACAAAGAGGCGCUUUUUGCACGAGGAGUUUUUAUACAUAUGGGGGGGUUUGCGUGGAAAAGUUGCACUUUUAGGGAACAUUUACGCACUGGAUCCACGUGGAGCAGCGCUGCAGCUCCACAUCUGCAGCUCCAAAUAACUACCGCAACUUUUUGACGCUUUUUUUUUUGGUAACUUUCUUUUGCAGCAUGUCAGUCAGGUGGUUCAUUUAGAUUUUUUUUCAGACUCUCUUUGAGGGGUUGUGUGUUUGAGGUACCGGUGUAAUAAUGCACGCGGGCCAGCUGCCAACUGUCUGGGUCAGAGUGGCCAAGAAUGCAGAUGGAUCGGUCCAGACAAGCUUCCAAUAUAGAGCUUCCUGUUUUGGGGUCACACCUGAGAGCGACUGUGUUUCUGAUGGAUUACGGUGUUUUCUGCGAGCUGCUGACAUGAACCCAGAGGCCAGUGAGAUGCGGAGGCGCUCGCCAUCGGGAGGAAUCUGAGGACCCCUGGAUGAGCCAGCGAGCACCACGAGAGCAUUCAAGUGAAGGACACGAACCAUGGACUUGUUAUGGUGUGGCACCGGACCCAUCGCGUGCUCCUAACCCGUUUGUAGCGCCCUCUACCCUCCACCCCAUGUCACACCUCUCCGCCGAACUAUGGAAAUUUUGUGGAAGACGCUGACUUGGACACUGAGCCUGGUGGUGAUGGCUGCUUCUGAAUUUCAAAGACUUUCACACAACUCUCAAGAGGAGUUCCUGUCCUACCUGCAGCACUACCAGGUGACUGUCCCGGUGCGGGUGGACGAGAGCGGAGAGUUCCUGAGCUACACUGUGAAGCACCACCGGCCGGGCCGGCGGAGACGCGGGGCGGCGGACCCCGCCAUGGGGCAGCUGCCCGCUUUGGACCCGGACCCCCAGCCGCACACCCGGCUGUUCUACAGGCUGUCGGCCUACGGGAAGCACUUUCACCUAAACCUGACACUCAACCCCCACCUGGUGUCGAAACAUUUCACAGUGGAGUAUUGGGGACGGGAAGGCCUGGAGUGGCGGCACAACAUGGUAGAUAACUGUCACUAUGUUGGAUUCUUGCAAAAUCAGCACAGCACGACCAGAGUGGCGCUCAGCAACUGCAAGGGCCUGCAUGGUGUCAUAACAACAGAGGAGGAACAGUAUUUGAUAGAGCCAUUAAAGAACAUAUCCUCCAGUGAAUGGAACCUGGAAGAAGCACAGCAACAUGUUAUUUAUAAAAUGUCUGCCAUUCCCUCACCACAAGAGCAUAGCCAGGAGCUCAGCUGUGGCAUUUCAGACCUCAUCAAAAGCAGCGCACCUUGCCAGUUUAGCACACCUUCACCUGUCCGCUCGCCCACCGCGCCCCAAAACGACGGCGAGCAGUCGAACGGCACCCACAGACAGAGGCGCUCCAUCAGCUCCGAGCGCUUCGUGGAGACGCUCGUGGUGGCUGAUAAAAUGAUGGUCGGUUAUCACGGACGCAAAGACAUCGAGCACUACAUCUUGUCUGUGAUGAAUAUUGUUGCCAAACUUUACCGUGAUGCCAGUCUAGGAAAUGUUGUGAACAUUAUUGUGACCCGGUUGAUUGUUCUGACUGAAGAUCAGCCUAACCUGGAGAUCAACCACCAUGCUGAUAAGUCUCUGGACAGUUUUUGUAAGUGGCAGAAGUCCAUCCUAUCUCACCACAGCGACGGCAACAGCAUUCCUGAAAACGGGAUGGCCCACCAUGACAACGCUGUCCUAAUCACCCGGUAUGACAUCUGCACCUACAAGAACAAACCCUGCGGUACCUUAGGCUUGGCCUCGGUGGCUGGAAUGUGCGAGCCGGAGAGGAGUUGCAGCAUCAAUGAAGACAUCGGCCUCGGUUCUGCUUUCACCAUCGCACACGAGAUUGGCCACAAUUUCGGGAUGAACCACGAUGGGAUCGGGAAUUCCUGCGGCACCAAAGGCCACGAGACAGCCAAGCUGAUGGCUGCCCACAUAACAGCCAACACCAACCCUUUCUCCUGGUCCGCCUGCAGCAAAGACUACAUCACCAGCUUCCUCGACUCAGGUCGGGGGACGUGUCUGGACAAUGAACCUAUGAAACGAGACUUCCUGUACCCAACAGUGGCCCCGGGGCAGGUGUACGAUGCAGACGAGCAGUGUCGCUUCCAGUACGGAACCUCUUCACGCCAGUGCAAGUAUGGGGAAGUGUGUAGAGAGCUCUGGUGCCUUAGCAAAAGCAACCGCUGUGUAACCAACAGUAUCCCUGCAGCAGAGGGGACUCUGUGCCAGACUGGCAGCAUUGACAAAGGGUGGUGCUACCAGGGGGACUGCGUGGCGUUCGGUACCUGGCCUCAGAGCGUGGACGGAGGCUGGGGGCCCUGGUCGACGUGGGGGGAGUGCAGCAGGACCUGUGGGGGCGGUGUGUCCUCCUCCAUGAGGCACUGUGACAGCCCAGCCCCGUCUGGAGGAGGGAAGUACUGCCUCGGGGAGAGGAAACGUUACAGAUCUUGUAACACCGACGCCUGUCCUGUAGGAUCUCGUGAUUUCCGAGAGAAGCAGUGCGCCGACUUCGACAGCAUGCCUUUCCGUGGGAAGUACUACAACUGGAAGCCGUACACCGGUGGUGGUGUUAAGCCCUGCGCGCUGAACUGCCUGGCAGAGGGCUAUAACUUCUACACAGAGCGCUCUCCUGCCGUCAUAGAUGGCACCCGAUGUCAGGCCGACUCUCUGGACAUCUGCAUCAAUGGAGAGUGCAAGCAUGUGGGCUGUGACAACAUCCUGAGCUCCGAUGCUAAAGAAGACCGAUGCCGUGUGUGUGGAGGUGACGGCAGCACCUGCGAGGCGACAGAAGGACUCUUCAACGAGUCUCUACCCAGAGGAGGCUACAUGGAGGUGGUUCAGAUCCCAAAAGGAUCCGUUCACAUCGAGAUCAAAGAAGUUGCCAUGUCGAAGAAUUACAUCGCGCUGAAAUCUGAAGUGGAUGAUUAUUACAUCAACGGAGCGUGGACCAUCGACUGGCCCAGGAAGUUUGACAUCGCAGGGACGGCUUUCCACUACAAGAGACCCUCCGAUGAGCCGGAGUCUUUAGAGGCGCUGGGAGCUACCACUGAAACCCUGAUUGUCAUGGUCCUCCUUCAGGAGCAGAACCUGGGAAUACGCUACAAGUUCAACGUGCCCAUCCAGCGCACGGGGAGCGGUGACAACGAGGUGGGCUUCUCCUGGCACCACCUGCCCUGGUCUGAAUGCUCAGCUACAUGCGCUGGAGGCUCCCAGAAGCAGGAGGUGGUGUGUAGGAGGCUGGAUGACAACUCGGUGGUCCAGAACAACUACUGUGACCCAGACAGCAAACCUCCAGAGAACCCGAGAGACUGCAACACAGAGCCGUGUCCUCCAGAAUGGUUCAUUGGCGACUGGUCAGAGUGUGGGAAGACGUGUGACGGCGGGAUGAGGACCAGGACCGUCCUGUGCAUCAGGAAGAUCGGCCCCGCUGAGGAGGAGACGCUGGAGGACACCCACUGUCUGACCCACCGACCCAUCGAACGGGAGUCCUGCAACAACCAGUCCUGCCCGCCAAAGUGGGUCACUCUGGAUUGGUCGGAGUGCACACCUAAAUGUGGGCCCGGCUUCAAGCACCGCAUCGCCUUGUGCAAGAGCAGCGACCUCGCCAAGACCUUCCCGCCCGCCCACUGCCCGAGCCACAACAAGCCUCCGGUCCGAAUCCGCUGCAGCUUAGGACGCUGUCCACCUCCUCGCUGGAUCCCUGGUGAAUGGGGACAGUGUUCGGCCCAGUGCGGCCUCGGCCAGCAGAUGAGGACGGUGCAGUGUCUGUCGUACACUGGGCAGCCGUCUAACGACUGCGCCGAGUCCCUCCGACCCACCACCAUGCAGCAGUGUGAGAGCAAGUGCGACGCCACCCCCAUCGCAAAUGGCGACGAGUGCAAAGAUGUCAACAAAGUGGCCUACUGCCCGCUGGUGCUGAAGUUCAAGUUCUGCAGCCGUGCUUACUUCAGGCAGAUGUGCUGCAAGACCUGCCAGGGACACUGACACCUCUGAGAGUGAAGCAGAGACAACGGCUAGAAAGAAGAUGGAGGGAGGCUGAUGUAGCGCUGCAAAGGGAGAGAGGAAGAGAAACAGGGCAGACUGAGAAAGAAAACCCCGAAACCUCCGGACACGUGGAAGGCAGAGUAAGGGUUCCCCUGUUUAUCACACCUGGUCCUCCGGCCCUCCGUCGUGGUGGAGUCUCAAACCACUGCUCAGCCCCCGACGCUGACACAAACUGAUUUUGUCACUUCUGUGAAGUGGAACUUUGGAAGAUUAUUCGUUGGUGUUAUUUUUAUUAUAAUAAUAAUUAUCGAUAUCAUUGUUAGUCUUCCUUCGUGUUUGUUGUUUUUAAUUAAUCCAAAGUGCUGGACACGUCGCUCGCAGAGGAUGCUACCCCCAGAGACGGAUGGAGGGGAGGACUCCUCGCUAGAAGAUGGAGGGGGGGUGGUGGGAGUCGGAAGUGUCGGGCUCCCGUCUCUGGGACGACUGUGAUGGUGCUAUCGGCAGGCAGACCUUUGGCUUCGGUGCACUUUUUCCGUGUCAAUACUUUUUGCCAAUUUUACCGCUCAGAUCCGGUGUACUGUAUAUUUAUUGUACAAUUCCAAACAGAGCCGAGAUAUCGUCAGAUAGUAGCCGACUGUCACGGAAGGGAAUGUAACGUGAUGGAAUUCAUAUUCAACGUCUCUGUGCUGGAAUGAAAGUAUUACACACCGUAACAUACGUUAAACCCUUAUAUACUGUAAGGAUCUGUAUAUUAUAUAUGAUGUUAAUCCAGGACCAGAAACUACGGCGAGGUUAUAGGAGGAUGUUUGAAUCACCUUUUCUUUCCCCAGACGGGUGCCUUAGUUCCUAACACUUGCAUAAAGUUCACCCCAGUGUCAGUGAUCAUGAAGACGUUGUCAGACGGUGCCACAUGAAACACUAUCACCCAACUGGCCUUUACCAAACAUCCCACUGAGGAGCUCUCAGUUCACUUUUGAAGGAUUCAUCUUGAAGGAGCAUAUUCUACGAAGCGGUUUGUUCAGUGGAGUCACUAUUUCUUUAUCUUUCAGGCUGGAUGAUUAUUUAAACAGAAGUUGUCAUAUUUUUGUAUUUAAGAAGCAAGCAGAGACCCUCAUUGUUUCAGCGCUGAUGAGGAAUAGUUUACAUUCGAGAGUUUGACGAGAAGACCCCUCUCACGUCUGUACUGUCAAUAUGAAGCUUUAGCCAGCGGGCUUAGCUUAGCAUAAAGACUGGAAACAGGUGGAAACAGCUAGCGUUGCUUUGUCCAAGCGUAAAAAACAUCAACCUACCAGCACCUCUAAAACUCUCAGCUUCUUUCUAAUGUCUUUUAAUACGUCCAAAAGCAUGAGAAGUUGAAGACGAAAUCACAAAUUGUGGCAUUCGCUGCUGAUUCUGACUGUCUUCAGUUCAGCAGGAGGUUUUACGCUUUUGUUUUUUUUGGUCAGGAUUGAAAAACCAACAUAUGGAUUUUAAAGUGGCUAGGUGUUCCCCCUUGUUUCCAGUGUUUAUGCUAAGCUAAGCUAACUGUCUCCUGAGUGUGGUUUUAUUUUUGGUCAACAAACAUGAGAGUUAUGUCAAACUUAUCGUCUAAAUCUCAGCAAGAACAUUAAUAUGCAUGUUUCCCAAAAUGUCUUAACUAUUCCUUUGAGUAAGGGGCCAGUGCUAAAUAUACACACACAUUAUGAAUAUGUUGCCAGACCACGUUUUCAGUUAAAGUUACCCCCUCGUCCUCUCAUCAUCCUUCAGUAACAAAGACUCAACUCAAUGGUGCUUUUCCCCUCUUGUAUUUUGCUUUGUUCUUUCCAUGGUGUAUUGUGUUUACCUCUUCUUUUCCUCCCGCUCGGCUCCGAGGGUUACGGCCUUCCCAGGCUUCUGGUGCUAUCAAGUGGGUGCUUCCAUUCAACCCUCCAGUGUGCUUAAAAGUGAGGCUGGAUCCAAACAAUAUGAAAUAAUAUCCUUGUCAAUAUCUGUGUUGGUAAAUGCUGGUCAUGUUAUUGUUUUUGUUUGUAUCGGUUUAUACCUCACACUGGGAAUUUCCAUUGUUAACCGUGUUUUGUGUGGACACUCGCCCGGUUGUAGCCGACCGACCCAGGUGACAGUUCCUGCUGGUGUCGUGGGGUUGUGAAAGGGAACGUCUCCAUCACACACACACUCGUUAUGGAGCUACAGAAGGACUCUGAGAAAACCCUGAAAGACAAUUAAGGAGUGUGCAAGAAUCUCAUCGAAGCUGUUAACAACUCAUUUCUAAUUUUGCUGCUGCUACUUUUUUUUUGUAGCCACCUUCAGUAUGACGAUGUCGAGCAGAUUUUAAUCGGUUACCAAACCUCGAGUGAGGCCGGUGGGAAGGGACGGUGGAUGCUGAGAAGCGUUUGAAAUCAAUUCAAACUGCUUGGACUAACUCAUCUACUGGCUGCGGGAUACGAAGCCUCCAGAUAUCAAAAAGAGAAGUGAAAUCACUCAAACUGGUACUCAUUGCUGUGAACUUGGAUGUUUGAAUGUCACAUUGCUUAUACCUGUACCUAAAGUGCAAGAUAAAUGAAAAGCAUCAUGUGAUUAGUUGCGUAUAUUUUAUAUUCAGUAUUAAUGUUGGUACACUGUUACUAAUUUUUUUUUUUUUUUCAAAUGUAAAUUAUAUGCUAAUUUAUUGCGUUGUCUCACUUGUACAUUUAUUUCACUGCAUGCAAACUGAACUUUAGCAUAGUGAACAAAAAAUGCAGUGAUGCAGCCCCUUCA